AUGUCCAACGCAACGCAGUACCGCGACCGGAGUCUGAUCGCCACCAUUGGAGACGAAGACACGAUCACGGGAUUGCUGCUGGCGGGAACGGGACACAUCGACGGGCGAGGCAAGAAGAACUUCUUGGUCGUCGAUUCGAAGACACCGGUAUCGACCAUCGAGUCUGCCUUUGCCGAGUUCACCGAGCGAAGCGAUAUCGCCAUCCUCCUCAUCAACCAGCAUGUUGCCGAGAUGAUUCGACCAACGAUUGAGAAGUAUCAGCAGGCCUUCCCUGCGCUGCUAGAGAUCCCAGCCAAGGAUCACCCUUACGAUCCGUCGAAGGACAGCGUCCUCAAGGCGGUCAAGAAGCACCUCGGAGAGUGA